GACACGGAACAGUCACUGCAAAGGCAGAAAACCACUGAGUUCCGCCUGUGUCGCAGCUUUUCUCCUUGUACCAGCUUUGAAUGGAAUACGCCAUAUUUCAAGAUAUAGCUCAGCUACUCUGAAGCUGACGAGCUGUUUGGCUCUGUUGGCAGCGUAAAGCCAACACCCUACCACCUUCAGGACGGAAAACGGAUAUUUUAACGGCGUUGAAACCCCGGUCUCUGAAAACCUAACUGCUCCGGGUUUUUGGGUUGGUUCGCUAGUCGUUUGUCCCUGGCGAAGUUUCCCGUUUCUUACCGGGUUCAACGUUAGGGCUCGUUCAUUUCAAUGUUGUAGCUGAACAACCGGGGCUCAUUCAGCGACUUUUCGGUUGCUGGACACAAACAGAAACACGGCUUCGACACUGAGGUAGCAUAGGAGGAAAAACUCACAGCAAUGGAGUCGACCAAAGCUGGCGGCGUAAUAGCCUACAUCAGCUCCUCCAGCUCCGGCUCCGGCUCCGGCUCCGGGUCCGGCUCUGGCUCCAGCCCGGAGUCGUGCCACAGCGACUCCUCCAAUGGCAGCUACCAGUCGGCCUCCCCGCCGCACGGCUCUCCGCCCGGCUGCCAGGAGGUCCAAUGGGCUGACCCCACACUCGCCACCGGUGGCCAAAACCUCCCAAGGACUCCGAAAAAUGGACGCUCCUCCUCUGCUGCCAAAUGUGGCAUUACAAAAAUCAAUGGCCUGGUGCUGCUGUGUAAGGUGUGCGGCGACGUGGCCUCUGGUUUCCACUACGGCGUCCACGCCUGCGAGGGCUGCAAGGGCUUCUUCCGGCGCAGCAUCCAGCAGAACAUCCAAUACAAGAAGUGCCUUAAGAACGAAAGCUGCCCCAUCAUGAGGACCAACCGCAACCGCUGCCAGCAGUGCCGCUUCAAGAAAUGCCUGAUGGUGGGCAUGUCCCGAGACUCUGUGCGUUUUGGCCGAAUCCCCAAGCGCGAGAAGCAGCGCAUGCUGCUGGAGAUGCAGAGCGCCAUGAACAACAUGAUGAACAGCAGCCAGCUGCAGAGCCAGCUGCACGCCAGCCACACGCUGCCAAUCGGCAAACCUCUGGCGUCCGGUGCCAUCGAAGCUACCUCAGGGACCGCCGGCCCCGCCUCCUCUAGCUCUUCUCCACCCUCCUCCUUGCCAAGUUCUGGCCAGUCAGACCCAAGCUCCCAGCCCGAACCUGCCAUCGCCAUGGACACCAGUCCCAGCUCGGCGUCGCUUGGCGGGUCGGACAGCGGCGAGGAGGAGGUUAUCGGCUCGGUGACCCGUGCCCACCAGGAGACCUUCAUGUACAACCAGGAGCCCAGCAGCCUGGCGGCCGAGUCCCCACCCUCUGCCACGGACCCACCGAACUGCACCGCAAUCAACUACGCCACUAACCUCCGGGCCGAGGAGUGGCAGGACCCCUGGAACCACCACAACAACCUGGUCACCAUGGCGACACAGGCCCCCCCACCCUCCAGCCUGGGGCCCCAGGACCAGGAGGAGAACAGCAGCAACUACUGCCCCUUCAGGCUUUCCAGGGCCGCCACCGCCAGCAACUGUCCAGCCUACACACACGCAGCCUUUGGCGCUCCGCCCUUGGAGGGCCCCGUGGGCGGACCCUACAGCGGGCCCCUGUGGAGAGGAGGGAACAGAAUGCAUCUGGUUUGUCCCAUGAACACCUCUCCCUAUGUGGACCCCCAGAGGUCGGGCCACGAGGUGUGGGAGGAGUUCUCCCACAGCUUCACCCCUGCUGUCAGGGAGGUGGUUGAGUUUGCCAAGAAGAUCCCCGGAUUCAGAGACCUGACCCAGCACGACCAGGUCAGCCUGCUGAAGGCGGGCACCUUUGAGGUGUUGGUGGUCCGCUUUGCUUCUCUCUUUGACGUCAAGGAGCGCACCGUCACCUUCCUGGGCGGGGAGAAAUACUGCGUGGACACGCUGAGGGCCAUGGGGGCCGGGGACCUCCUCAACUCCAUGUUUGACUUCAGCGAGAAGCUCACUAACCUGGGCCUCAGCGAGGAGGAGAUGAGCCUCUUCACCGCCGUGGUUCUGGUCUCUGCAGAUCGCUCCGGGAUCGAGAACGUGAACUCGGUGGAGGCGCUGCAGGAGACACUGAUCCGCGCCUUGCGGAGCCUCAUCACCAAGAAGCACCCCAACGAGUCGGCCAUCUUCACCAAGCUGCUGCUCAAGCUGCCCGACCUGCGCUCGCUCAACAACAUGCACUCCGAGGAGCUGCUGGCCUUCAAGGUCCAUUCCUGAAGUUGUUGUCCCCCCAUCCCGCCGAUUGAUUGACUGUCUGGGAUCGGGCCUGGAGGUCAACACGAACCACCAGCUCCGCCUCUCCUCACCACCCAACCACACCUGCACCCCCCACAUUUCUCCCAGGAGAUUUCAGCUUCUGUUCCUUAAGUCCAUGAAUAGAAGUUAAGUCUCCAACCUGACAUUUAAAGGCGGGAGCAAUACCAUACCAUGUUAUUGUACUGUAAUAUAGGGCGUUAACGCCCGCGUGAUGGUAAUGCAUACAUACAGACACACUGAUUGAUGCAUAUGUUUUCUUGCGUUUGUGUGUGUAGCAUACUGUAUGUUUGCAACUGUACACUUCUGUAUAGUGUAGACUGGUUAUUUUCUUUGCAUUCAUAGUGCAAUAUGUGACAGCUUUUUUGGAUUGUAGCUGUAUAGUUUGAAGUCAAGAAACUUAGUGUAUACUUUCAAUUUGAAUAGAUGCUGUGCUCAUGUGAUGAAGGUAAAGUUGUAGAGCUAAAAAAAAAAAA